CUAACAUGCAAGAACCGACAUAUCAAGCUACCGAGGACGCCUCGGUAUUUUGAAAAGUCAUGUUCGAUGUCAACGGCUAAGUUUGCCAUCCCUGUCCGUUGAUGGCCUGUGUCAUUUUGUAUAAGAUCAUCUCGUAGCACCACAACAUGUAGGCUCUUUCCCUUUCCCAUCCCUGAUUGUAACGACCCCAUCUCCCCAGAAUGGACUCCACCGACUCCGAGAAGGUGCAAUCUACCAUCCCACACAAGUUUUCCCUCUUUCGUCUUGUCCGUGACCAAGCUCGUGUGAGCCCGGAAGUUCUCGCUCAUCGCUAUGAGGGAUCUGGCACGGCGGAUGAUCCAUACCUGGUCAUCUGGAUACCUGAUGAUGCAGGUAAUCCACUCAACUGGUCCAAAGGAUUCAAGUGGACUGUAACCAUGACGGUCGCAAUGACAUGUUUCGCUACUGCCUUUGCUUCUAGUGCUUUCAGCGGAACCCUUCGCGAACUCGUAUACGGCUUUCACGCUUCGACCGAACUCAUCACAGCUGGUGUAUCCCUUUUUGUCCUCGGAUUUGCUCUCGGCCCUCUAGUCUGGGCACCACUUUCUGAAAGCGUUGGCCGUCAAUACGUCUUCUUCUCGACUUUUGCAGCAUUUACUGCCUUCCUUGCUGGUUGCGCUGGAGUGAACACUAUCGGUGGUCUCCUGGUUUUGAGAUUCUUUGCUGGCUCAUUCGGAUCAUCGCCGUUCACCAAUGCUGGAGGUGUCAUCUCCGAUAUCUUCUCGGCUCAAGAGCGUGGUCUGGCAAUCACAAUCUUCUCUCUUGCUCCUUGCCUCGGUCCCGCCGUCGGUCCUCUCGUUGGCGGUUUCCUUGGUGAAAACGAGGGAUGGCGCUGGGUACAGGGCUUGUUGGCCAUCUUCGCGGGCGUUCUAUGGAUUGCUGGCUCCCUCAUCGUUCCGGAGACCUAUGCCCCCGUUCUACUGAGACGCCGCGCGGAAGAGCUGUCGAAGAGAACUGGUAUGGUCUACAUGACCAAGUUCGAUGUCGAAAGAGGACCCAUCUCUGCCAAGCAGAUGGUGUCCACCGUUCUGGUCCGUCCUUGGAUUCUGCUCUUUACUGAGCCCAUCGUUCUCUUGCUAUCCAUCUAUAUCGCCAUCAUCUACGGUACACUGUAUCUCCUGUUCGCUGCCUUCCCUAUCGUUUUCCAGCUUCACCGUGGCUGGAGCGAAGGUAUCGGUGGUUUGGCCUUCCUCGGUGUUGCUGUAGGCAUGUUUUCUGCCAUCGGCUUCUCACUCUACAGCCACAAGUGGUAUAUGGCAGCCGCUGCUAAGAACGGCGGUCUCGCGCCACCUGAGGCUCGUCUCAUCAUUGGAAUGGUUGGCUCAGUCGCGCUUCCCAUCGGCAUGUUCUGGUUUGCUUGGAGCAACGGCCCUUCCGUUCAUUGGAUCUCGCCUGUUAUGGCCGGCGCUCCCUUCGGCUUUGGACUCACUCUGGUCUUCCUCUCCGUUACGUCCUACCUCAUCGACGCAUACGUAAUUUACGCCGCCUCCGUCCUCGCCGCAAACACAGUGCUCCGCUCUCUCUUCGGUGCUGCCUUCCCUUUAUUCACCCGAUAUCUGUAUAACGCACUUGGCAUUCAUUGGGCCUCGUCCAUCCCUGCCUUCCUCGCCCUCCUCUGCGUACCCCUCCCCUUCUUCUUCUACAAAUUCGGCGCCAGAAUAAGAGCUAGAUGCACGUAUGCCUCUGCAGCGGAAAAGGCCGUCAUGAUGUUGAUGGCAAAAGCUGCCACCACAACAGUGACAACAAGAGAAGGCAGUAUGGGCAGUGAAGAUGACAUUGACAUCGAGAAGGCUGAUGUCAAGGAUCCUGCGGAGUUGACAAGAGCAAAGACGAACGAUACGGUCAGAGAUCCUGCUGCUGUGUACGAGGCUAGUCCUUAUGAUAUUGACCGUGUCAAUACCAAGAACUCUGUCGCUGGCAUUUGAGGUGAUAGAUGUAAUGAUCAAAUUAGACUACUAGACUCUUAGACUUCAGAUAUACCCC